AAAGGCCCUGGAGUGUGCGGCACUGGCUGGUAUAUGGUCAGGCAGGAGCUUUGUUCCUUCCUCAAGAAAACUUCAGGCCCAUCAAGCUUGGAAGGAAAUAUAUUUUUUAUGCCAAUCUGCAACCUACACCAGGUGAUGAAAUGUACCAGGACUUUGAGAACCCAGAACAUGCAAAGAACAUGCUGCUCUAACCUUGCCUUCUCAUUUGGGACAAACUUUCUACCUGCCAGAAACUACCAUUUGAGACAAGUGAGUUUUCUGCAUGAAGGGCUUCUGCAGCUCCCCCCUCAAGGAGGGCUUCUGCUUUCCACACACCUAACCAGAGUCAUCCAGAUGGGGAUUGGCACCACUGAAAGAGCCACCAGUGCUUCCCAGCUGCUUCUGGGCGUGGUUUUCACCGGGGCAAGAGCAGGAAUCAUUUCCAAGUCACCUGCCUUGGGCAUUUCCAACUGCUCAGCUCCUCACCUUUGCCCACCUUCCAGUGACCCUGAGAGCACAGACCUGAGAACACACGGCCUGUGCAGAGCUCAGAGAACUGUGAGCACUACCCCUGCCCAUCAGACUCUGCUUGGGGACAGAGAUGGAUGGGUGAAUGGUGCUGUGGGAGAAAUUUUUAUCUUCAAACCAGACUCUCUCAUCCCUGUACCCCGCCCCCAUCCUAGUCCCUGAGGGGGCAAAAUGCAGAGGAUGGUUAACUGGCAGGAUCUGAUCCCAAACUCCUGUUUGGCCUAAGCCUUCCCCAGCCUUUUGGCCCACCCUGGAGUGUUUCAGUGUGUGGCAGCUGCUACGUACUGUCUCCACCAGGCCUACCCAACGCUUAGCCAGUCAGUCCCUGGGGCCAACACAGUUCCCUACAUGGCGACUUAACACCAGGUUCCAUUAGCUGUCCAAGUGACUGUUUCCACCCAGUUUGUUGGCGCUUGAGAUUUGGGGGGUGGGAGGGGCGGGAGGGUUAUUUAAAAUAAAUAAAAUCCAAGGUGGCAGUAGAGGAUUCCUUUUGCUUUAAAAUCUUUGGACUAAAAAAAAACAAACUGUUUUUAUAUAUAAAUAUAUAAAUUGUUAUGUAACUAUUAUUGUUUCCUGUAUAUUCUAAUUUUGUUUUAUGAUGUAAUUAAAGGAAAUAAGCUGUGAAGACUUUUCAUUUU